GCGAUACUUGCUCCGCACUUGAAUGGGAUCGGUCUAUUGCUCGGUAUUAGCUAUUCAGUAUCUCUCUCGUUGGAUAUAUCCGACAGAGCCGGCCUGCUCCCUCGAGGUUCAGAGUUUCCUGGACCUUGGGUCUUUAACUGGAGCCCUGAGUUUUUUCUGGAUCGAGGCUGACAUGUUCUCGCAACAGGGAGAGAUUGUAGUCCUUUAGUAUACAGAGCAUUGGAGUCGAAACGAACUAGACUUGACGUGAGUGGGACAUAGAAAGACCAAGCCCAUGACUGAAAUUGGACUGUAUCAGUCCUUCGAGUCUGGUCGAGAACGCUUCAUUGGCGAUUGAAUAUUGUAGUGAAAAGCGCGGCAGGUAAACACGAGUCAGCUGGGGCUGGCCCAGAACUUGAUAGUCUUCGAUGCUUCUGCGGCAUACAACGUCACCUUGUCCUCUAUUCUUUCCUG